AUGGCUGAGAAACAUGCGACCACAGCAGAUGCGCACGACAUGCAUCGUAUGGGAAAAACGCAGGAAACGCGACGAAAUUUUCGUUCUAUCACCAUUUUGGGAUUCUGCAUAGUCCUCCUGUCGACAUGGGAGACUAUCCUGGCUACGUCUGUCUUCGCGCUGGCUAACGGUGGAACUGCCGGCCUUAUUUGGGGAUAUUUCAUCGUCAUGGUCGGGUUCGGUUUUGUGGUCGCUUCUCUAGCUGAGAUGGCAUCUAUGGCGCCCACGGCUGGCGGCCAGUACCACUGGGUUUCCGAAUUCGCGCCACCAAGCUGCCAGAGAUUCCUCAGCUAUUUGGUCGGCUGGCUCGGUGUUCUAGGUUGGCAGACCGGCGCAGCGACCGUGUCUUAUCUGUCCGGCAAGCAGAUACAAGGCCUUAUUAUCUUGAACAAUCCGUCAUAUAUACCAAAGGCCUGGCACGGCACACUUCUGAUAUGGGCUGUCCUGGCGGUAUGCUUGAUCUUCAACACAUUCCUCUCUCGACACCUACCAUUGGUAGAGGGUGGCGUUGUCAUACUCCACGUUGCUGGGUUCUUCGCGGUUGUGAUACCAUUGUGGGUCAUGAGUGAUAGGAGUCACUCGUCCAGCGACGUCUUCACGCUCUUCCAGGACAAUAUGAUGUGGGGUAAUCUUCAGCUUGCGGUCAUUCUUGGCCUUACAAGCGCUACCAGUACAUUCGUCGGCGUUGAAGCCGGUGCACACAUGGCAGAAGAAGUACGCGACGCUGCUCAUGUCAUUCCGCGCGCUAUGAUGUGGACAUGGCUGGGUAAUGGGCUUCUCGGAUGGAUCAUGGCCAUCACCUUCUGCUUCUGUGUGACCGAUACAGUCUCUGUACUCACGACACCGCUUGGUACGCCUUUCAUUCAGGUGUUCGUGGAUACGACCAAGUCAGUUGGAGGCGCGACCGCGCUUACGGUCUUGAUGUUGGUCAUCGCUAUCUUCGCCUGCGUUGCAGUCGUUGCAACAAGUUCACGUCAGGUAUUCGCUUUCGCCCGUGAUAAUGGCAUCCCGUUUGGGCAUGUUUUCAGCAAGGUUUCACCCAAGCGGGAAGUACCGGUCAACUCGGCCUACAUAACUCUGGCUUUCAUCGUGAUCCUCUCAUGUAUCAACCUUGGCUCCACUGUCGCCUUUAUGCAGGUCAUCUCCCUUGGUGUCGCUUCCAUGCUGACAUCUUACUUGAUCACAAUUUCGUGCGUUGCGUUGAAGCGGAUACGAGGCGAACCUCUUCUACCGUCCAAGUUCGACCUGGGAAAGCUGGGAUUGCCGAUCAACAUGAUUGCAGUACUCUUUCUGCUGUUUGCUUGGAUAUUCUGUUUUUUUCCUGUUGGACCCCGACCAACGGUAACAGAUAUGAACUGGGCCGUCUUAGGCUACGGUAUCGUCGUCAUGUUUGCUGUCUUUUACUAUGUUCUUCGCGGUCGACAUACAUAUGUUGGACCAGUCAAGUACGUUCGAAACAUGUAA